UUGAGCAAAUACAAUCCACCAGAAGCGUUGAAAUUCUCCAUUUGCUGUCUUCUCUUGUUUACUUUUUUAUCAGUUGUUUUGAAAGUGUUUAGUUUUAUGUUUAAUUGAAUAUAAAUCGCUGAACUCCGCGAUAUAUUAAAAAAAUAUAUAUAUUGAGUCGUGUUUAAUAUUUUUCCCUUAUGUAUGCAGUUCUUUUCACUCUGCCAAAUGUAUUAUUUAAAAUCUAAUCAUGAGUAACGAAUUAAAACUGCACCAAUCAUUAAGUGCUAGACUUUCUUUCAAAGUUAAAAAGCGUAAUUUGGAAAAUCUAGAAAAUACUUCUGAUGUUACUCAUAAAUCUUUAAAGAUCAGUGAAAGCGAAGUUUCUGAUUAUUCAAAUUCUAGACUUGAUGAACAAUUUUUUAAAAAGCCAUGUACUGUGUUAGGAAAAAGUUUAUUGGGAAAAAUACUAUGCAGAAGAUUAUCUUCUGGAGAAAUUUUAAAAGGUAGGGUCGUAGAAACUGAAUGCUAUUUAGGAGAGGAGGAUAAAGCGAGUCAUUCCUAUCAAGGUAAAAUAACUGAACGUAACAGGGCCAUGUUUGAAAAACCUGGUACUGUGUAUGUUUAUAAAAUAUACGGUAUGUACCAUUGUUUCAAUAUAUCCAGUCUUGAAGAAGGAUCUGCUGUUUUGAUUAGAUCAAUUGAACCUUUGCAAGGGGAAACAUUGAUGCAGCAGUUAAGGUCCAUAAAGCGAAAAAAUGAUAAUUUAUUGAAACAUAAGGAUUUAUGCAAUGGUCCAUCAAAAUUGUGUGAAGCAUUCAAAAUUACUAAAGAGGAAUUAAACAUGGAUGAUUUGUCUGUUUCUAAUAAUCUAUGGUUCGAGCAAGGAUCAGAUGUUUCUGACAUUAUUGCUUGUAAACGAAUUGGAAUUGAUUCUUGUGGUGAUGAAUGGGCUAACAAACCUCUGAGGUUUUAUGUUAAAGAUUGUGUAUAUGUUAGUAUUAGAAAUAAGCAAACUGAGAAAAAUUGUUCUGUUCAAGAUUUAUGACUCCCUUCAGUUGAUUUAAUUUGUUUGUAAUUCAUUUAAUGAGGUUCAAUCUCGAGUUGUUCAACACAGAUUUUAUAAAUCUUUGAAAUUGGUGUGGUCUGUAAAUAAUAUAAAAUGCUUUUAGACUGCUGAAGUGCCAAAGACUAGAUAAUUUCUCCUUUCAGAAAAUUAUUUUUCAGAUUUAUACAUUUUUUUUAGAAAAAAAUUUACAAUUUUUAGUUAUUAGUUUAGACAAACUCAAAAUUUUCCUGACUUUUUGGGUAUUUUUUAAAUUUUCAGAUUGAUAAAAUUCUCUGACAUUUCUUUAUCCUCCUUAAUUUUCCUGUUCACCUUUCUAAUUUUUUUUACGAUUAAAUAAAUAGUUAAAUAGUUUAUUUAAAAUUAAAUAAAUAGUUUUAGUAACAAACUUUUAUUGGUAAUAAAAAAUAUCUGUCACUGUUUCUAGUACUAUAAUUUUUAUUGUAACUUUUUUUAAAGGAAUUAAAAAUUCAUAUGAAAUCUGAAUUGAAAAAUUGAGAAACUGAUUGGUGGAAUUUCAGUACAACAGUUUCAUCUGUACAGAAUAAAUAGUCUCAAAGUUUUUAAAAAUUAAAUUUUAAUGUUUGUUUAGUUUUUUUUUAGUAUGGAAAGCUUCUAACUUUUUUUCCUUUUCAAAAUUAUUUUAAAUCUUUAAAAUAAUUUUUUUUUAUUACCAGAAGCAAUGAACUAAAUCAUGGAGAAAUUAUGAACUGGAGUGUUCGAAAAUCUGCCUGUGUAAACAUUUAAAACCUUAAAAGUUUUGAAAUGUGCUUCACUGGCUUCGUGUUUCCAAACUUGUUCAAUAUCAUUCUUUUGUAAAGUAAUUUAUGUAUUAACUUUGUCACCUUCAUUCAAUUCCACAUUCUCAUAUAAUUUGUAAAAAUAUAUUAAUCACCAAUUACA